GAUCAUAAAAGAUGUUACAGCUUGAGUUUUUGGUUUCAUUUCUCCUGUUCCUUCUCCCAUUCUUGGUUUUCUUCUUCAUUAAUACUCGCACUAGCUUUGUGGGUAGCAAAAAAUCUUCUUCAUCUUCUUCUAAUAAACUGCCCAGUUCUUACCCAUUGAUUGGCUCAUCAAUUGCAAUCUUUGUGAACGAGAAGCGGCGGAACCAAUGGAUCACAGAUAUCCUCAAACAAUCCCCCACUGGAACCUUCGUUCUUUGUCGUGCUUUUGGUGAAUCACAGAUCAUUACUGCUAACCCAUCCAACGUCCAACACAUCCUCAAGACCCAAUUCUACCUCUACCCCAAGGGUGGUUUUGUCCGCCGUAGCCUCACCGAUUUCCUUGGUUCCGGCAUCUUCAAUACCGACGGUGAAAACUGGAAAUUUCAGAGACAAAUCUCUAGCCAUGAAUUCAAUACCAAAUCUCUUCGCAAAUUCGUCGAAACUGUUGUCGAGGCCGAGCUAUCCGACCGACUUAUUCCUCUCCUCACAAAAGCCGCAGCUGAAAAAUCCAUACUCGAUCUGCAAGACAUUCUACAAAGAUUUGCAUUCGACAACAUCUGCAAAAUUGCUUUUGGGUUCGAUCCAGAGUACUUAUCACCUUCACUCCCAAUAGCUGAAUUUGCUGCCGCAUUUGAUGAGGCCGUACUGAUAAGUGGAAUGCGGAUGAACUGCGCCAUUCCGGCUCUGUGGAAGCUGAAACGCGCACUCAAUAUUGGGCAUGAGCGACGGUUGAGGUCGGCAAUCUCGCAAGUUCGUGGGUUUGCAGGGCACAUCAUAAAAGAAAAGAAACGCGAGCUUAAGGAGAAUUCAUCGUUAGAAACAUCAGAUCUCCUCUCGAGACUUUUGAGUUCUGGGCAUUUGGAUGAAUAUUUUGUGACAGACAUGGUAAUUAGCUUUAUUUUGGCCGGUCGAGAUACUACAUCGGCAGCAUUAACUUGGUUUUUUUGGUUAAUUUCUUGCAAUUCUCAUGUAGAAGAGGAGAUACUAAAGGAGAUUAGGGAGAAACCAGAAUCACUUGAUUAUGAGGAAGUGAAGGACAUGGUGUACACUCAUGCGUCGCUGAGCGAGAGUAUGCGUUUAUACCCACCAGUACCAAGCGAUACCAAGGAGGCUGGAGGAGACGAUGUGUUACCAGAUGGAACCAUUGUGAAGAAAGGAAUGAGAGUGACAUAUCAUCCUUAUGCCAUGGGAAGGAUGGAGGAGCUGUGGGGAUCAGAUUCGUCAGAAUUUAAGCCGGAGAGGUGGUUGGAGAGAGAGGAGAGUAAAGGAAAAUGGAGUUUUGUGGGGAGGGAUCCAUAUACUUAUCCAGUGUUUCAAGCAGGGCCGAGGAUAUGCUUAGGGAAGGAUAUGGCGUUCUUGCAGAUGAAGAAGGUGGUUGCCGGUGUAUUGAGCCGGUACAGGGUUGUGCCGGUGGUGGAGGAGUUUGAGCCGGUAUUUAUUUCUUACUUGACUUCCAAAAUGAAAGGAGGUUUUCCAGUGAAAAUUGAGGAAAGGAGAUAAGGUGGUGAUGG